GGAGAGAGAGAGAGAGAGAGAGAAGGAGAGAAGGGAAAAAAAGGAGGAAGGAGCUGCUGCUAUUGGUGGCCGGGUCUGCCCAUCAGCUGCCCCCCACUUCCUGCCUUUCUGGCACCCACCCCAGCCCUGAGGAAGUGGCCCGCGCCGGUAGAGCCAUCAGCAGCCAGCCAGGCUUGAGCAUCCGAUUCCUGUUCCUCCUCCUCCUCCUCUUUCUGCACCCUCCACCACCACCUCCGUUUUCUCUCUUCCACUUGUCCUCCUUUUUUGCAGCGCAUCCCUGAAGCAGCGGCUCCACCACCACCAUGGCCUGGCCCUGGAAGCGCGGGGGGUAGCCGGGCAGGGGCCUUCAGGAGCCCCCCACCCGCCGCCGCCGCCGCCGCCCUACUCCCCCAGGAGGGGACCCCCACGCAGCCAGCUUCUUCAGGCUUCCAGCUGAAAAAUGAGAGAAGCAGGGUACAAAUAUGAGAUAACUCUUGUUCCACCCUAACUUGAGGAACUCUUGUUCCAAGGAGAAAGUGUGUGUGUGUAGGGGGCAGAACAAAGGAACGUAGGGAGAACUGGGCAGCUUGCCACAACACAGUUGGGCUGCUUGCUAGGAGCCUGGUUGGAGGAAUACUUUGGAAGCAACACGUCUAGGAAUCCAAACUUCACAGCUCCUGGGUGGCUGGCCAGCCAGCCCACUCUCCUGCCUGCCAGCAGCCUUGGGCUUUUCCCUCGGUCAUACCAAAGAGAACACGGCACCCAUGUGCACCGGUGUCUUGCACUACCUCUUUUGUUACUCUCUGCACAUGACGUUAGCACGAUGGCCUUGACUGCCCAGGCCUACAUGUAUGUUACAGUUGCCCAAUGGAAGAGCAUAGAGAGGGACAAUGGAGAUUUCACUGGGCCAGUGGCUCCUCAUUCUGUUCCUGGUGGUGGUCCCACUUCUUUAUGAAUGGAGUGCCACCUUCAAAUACUUCUGCAAGAUGGCGUUCUACAACAGCUACAUCCUCUUCCUGGCCGUCAUUGUCAUCCCUGUUUGUGCAGUUCGUGGACGCAAUGUGGAGAACAUGAAGAUAAUCCGGUUCAUGAUGCUGCAUGUGAAAUAUCUGUACGGGAUCAAGAUUGAUGUACGGGGGAUGGAGAACUUCAACAUCAAGGAGCCUUAUGUGAUAGUGUCCAACCAUCAGAGCUCCCUUGAUUUGCUUGGAUUGAUGGAGGUGCUGCCAGAUCGGUGCGUGCCAAUCGCCAAGAAGGAGCUGAUGUACAUGGGCACUGUGGGCUUGGCUUGCUGGCUGGGGGGCAUCAUCUUUAUCAACCGCAAGAAAACGGACGAUGCCAUCAGCGUCAUGGCUGAGGCUGCCCAAACCAUGCUGAGAGAGGAUGUUCGGGUCUGGGUGUUCCCAGAGGGCACCAGGAAUCACAAUGGCUCCAUGCUGCCCUUCAAACGGGGUGCCUUCCAUUUGGCUGUGCAAGCCCAGGUUCCUGUCAUCCCAGUUGUGAUCUCAUCAUAUCGGGAUUUCUAUAGUAAGAAGGAAAGACGUUUCACCACAGGGCGCUGCACGGUCGAGAUCUUGCCUCCGGUGCCCACGCUGGGGCUGAAUGCUGAAGACGUGCCGGGCCUGACAGAUCGUGUGCGCCAGGCCAUGCUCGUUGCCUUUGAGGGGCUCUCGGUGGAGCUGGGUGCCCCACAGUGACCCCGCCCCCCCUCCACUACUUCUUCCCCCCAACUUCCGGCCCUAGAGAGAGCUACAGGUUGUGACUGGGAGCAGCUUUGCGCCCACGAGCAGCCACUGAGACGGGGGCCAGGAGAGAAGAGGGCGGUGCUUGCUUCAUCCCAAGGGCGAAGCCGGGACCAGGAGUGGCAGAGACGGUGACGGGAACAGCCACGCUACAACCAGACACUGAGAUGAUUGAUGUGGGAACUGGCGUGGGUGGGGCUUGACUUGGCCACGCCCACAAGGAGCCACAAAGGUGGCAUUGAUCCCAGCCACGCCCAUUGUCAUCUUCAGUUUGGGACCAGAAUCCUUUCCCCCUAUUCUCCCCACCCGCCCACCCCACAACCAGGUAUAUGGCAGCAUCUUUUCCCCCCCAGUCUUCUCCUUACCUCCCUUCCCAGUUUUUGUCAAUGUGAACUGUUCCACUUGAGCUUCUUGGACCGGACCACUCCAAUCCCUGUUCAGGGGAGGAUAUUGUGAGCUGACCCUCGGGCACCCUGUAAUGAGAACUGCUCCUUGACUCCUGUGUAGGGAAGCUGUGGGCCAGAUCUAUCCCAGCACCCCCAGGGACGAGAUGGGGCCAGGGUAGUUUUUAAGUGUGAACAACACUUCAGAGUGUGAAACUGAGUGACGUCAUGGACUGAUUAUAAACACCGCACCAGCCUUUCAUGAAGGGUGUGAGGUGCGUGUGUGUGAAAGAGAGAGAGAGAGAGAAAGGAAAUGGCGUUACUGAUUGAUCCACUGCAUACUGCCCACAGUGGCACAGGAUCAGAAUGAAGCACUCCAAACACCCUGAGGAGGAAUCUGUGUGAACUGAGCCUCUGAAGCAGGGCAUCUUCCUGAAGGCUUGCUCAGAUUGACUGGUGGCUCUAAUAAAAUCAUGGACUCGA